ACUGGAUUGAAUGCGGAUAUUCUUUCUUGCCUAUUGUGUCGCUUUUUGCUCGUGAGUCGACGACGACGACGGCAGCGUUUUGCUCUUUUGCCCCGUGUUAAUUCGAAGUUAUUUUUCCCCCGAAAGUGAGAAUCCGCGACGAUUUGCGUGAAAUUUAUAUAUAUAUAUUUAUACCCGUGUCCCGUUCUGGGAGAACAAGCGGUGCAUUUUUUGCACUCGAAAGCAACAGUUCUUUUCUUUAUUGGCUCUUAAUUUCGCUUUGGAGUGCGCGCCGCGAGAUAUUCGUUUCGGUGGAAUUUCAGUUUUCCCUCGGUUCGGACGACGGAACUUUUUCUUUCUUUAUUUGCUGCUGCUGUUGCCCUCCCCCCACCUUCUCUGUGAAACCGUCCGUGGCAAUAGACGUCCCGAUGUGUGGUCGCGAAAGUGGUCCGCAAUAAAAAUAAAAUAAUAUUUGGGAAGUUUGCCCUGUGCCAGCGCUCUUAAUCCAGUGUACGUGUGUGUAACGUGAUUGCACGGUCAUUUUGCUUGCGUGAAAAAAAUAGUGAUUAUUCGUCGCGACAAGUGAAGGCGAAAAAAGUGAAGAGUACGGAAAGUAUUUCGCUGUGUGAAGGAACUGGAAAAAGCUGAAGGAUUUACGAAACCAGCGGCAACGCAAAGCAAAAGAGAGAGAGGAGGAGAAAUUUCGAGCCACAUUUGCCACAACGAUAGAAGAAGGAACUCUACCUAUGGUUUUUCAUGAGCUUCGACACAAAUCUGGAUGUCCUUGAGCUUGAGUCGUCUUCAUCCUAAUGAAUACAUAAUUCCACUGAGUUGACCGUCAAUUGAGAGUAUUCAACAUUAGCCAUCCGUCAAGUUAACAAAACAAUCGUCCAAAAUGCCUAAAUCGAUGAAUGUACGCGUCACGACGAUGGAUGCCGAGCUGGAGUUCGCGAUACAGCAGAGCACCACCGGCAAGCAGCUGUUCGACCAGGUCGUCAAAACCAUCGGCCUGCGGGAGGUGUGGUUCUUCGGGCUGCAGUACACAGACUCCAAGGGGGACCUCACGUGGAUCAAGCUGUACAAAAAGCCUGAAAAUGUAGUCUGCAAGCACAUGAAGAAGAUCAAGAAAAUUAUCCUGCGAAAUAUCGAACAGCGUAUCUCGUCGGGCGAACAGAAAGGAGACGAAGAUGAGGAUUCUGACGGGGACGAUAUGACAGGAUCGAUGCCAUUCUCGCGAUGGGUCAUGAGCCAGGACGUCCAAAAGGGUGACCCUCUGCAGUUCAAAUUCCGUGCCAAAUUCUACCCUGAGGACGUCGCCGAGGAGCUCAUCCAGGACAUCACACUGCGGCUGUUCUAUCUGCAGGUCAAAAACGCGAUCCUCUCAGACGAAAUCUACUGUCCGCCCGAGACGUCGGUGCUGCUCGCUUCCUAUGCCGUCCAGGCCCGCCACGGGGACUACAACAAGACAUCACACACGGCCGGCUUUCUGGCGAACGAUCGGCUGCUGCCCCAGCGCGUCAUCGACCAGCAUAAAAUGUCCAAGGAUGAGUGGGAGAACUCGAUUACCACCUGGUGGCAGGAGCACCGCGGGAUGCUCCGCGAGGACGCCAUGAUGGAGUACCUCAAGAUCGCACAAGAUCUGGAAAUGUACGGUGUGAACUACUUCGAGAUCCGCAACAAGAAGGGCACCGAGCUGUGGCUUGGCGUCGACGCACUCGGGUUGAACAUCUACGAGAAGGACGACAGACUAACGCCGAAGAUUGGCUUCCCCUGGUCGGAGAUCCGCAACAUUUCGUUCAACGAUCGAAAGUUUAUCAUAAAGCCUAUCGACAAAAAGGCACCCGACUUUGUCUUCUUCGCUCCUCGCGUCCGCAUCAACAAACGAAUUUUGGCGCUGUGCAUGGGCAACCACGAGUUGUACAUGCGGCGUCGCAAACCGGAUACGAUCGAUGUGCAGCAGAUGAAGGCUCAGGCCCGGGAGGAGAAGAACGCCAAGCAGCAGGAGCGCGAGAAGCUGCAGCUCGCACUGGCCGCUCGGGAACGGGCCGAGAAGAAACAGCAAGAAUACGAAGACCGUCUCCGGAGCAUGCAGGAGGAGAUGGAGCGCUCGAAGGCGAACCUGACCGAGGCGCAGGAGAUGAUCCGUCGUCUCGAGGAACAGCUCAAACAGCUCCAGUCGGCGAAGGAGGAGCUGGAGGCGCGCCAGAACGAACUCCAGGUCAUGAUCAUGCGUCUGGAGGACUCGAAGAACAUGGAGGCAGCCGAACGGGCCAAGCUCGAGGAGGAGAUCCGCUCCAAGCAGGAGGAGGUCAUGAAGAUCCAGGAGGAAGUUUCGGCAAAGGAUUCCGAAACCAAGCGCCUGCAGGAGGAGGUCGAAGAGGCCAGACGGAAACAGGUAAAGCGUCAAGAUGAGGCGGCGGCCGCCCUGAUCGCAGCGACGACCACGCCCAAGCACCAUCACGUCGAGGAGGACGAGGAAGACAACGAGGAGGAGAUGACGAACGGGGAGCACGGCGAGAACGGCGAGAAUGGCAACAAUGACUACUCGAAGGACUUCGACACCGACGAGCACAUAAAGGAUCCGGUCGAGGAGAGACGCACGCUGGCCGAACGCAACGAGCGUUUGCACGAUCAGCUCAAGGCUUUGAAGCAAGACCUCGCCCUGUCCCGCGACGACACCAUGGAGACGGUGAACGAUAAAAUCCACCGCGAGAACGUGCGCCAGGGUCGAGACAAGUACAAGACAUUGCGUGAGAUCCGCAAGGGCAACACCAAGCGCCGGGUGGAUCAGUUUGAGAAUAUGUAAACGACGACGACGACGACGACGGCGGGGUGUUGUUACUGCCUCUGCUGCUGCCCUCUUUCGGUGGGUGGUGGGUUAUCGCAGAGAUACGAGAGAGAGCGAAGUAGUAGAAGUAGUAGUAGUUGUUGUACCGGUAAUUGUAGUAGUAGUAGUAGUAGCAAUAGGCGGAAGCAGUGCGCAUGCUCGACAUACACACAGACACCACACCUACAUACUUACACACACACAAAAGAGGUUGAUGAAAAAACAAUCUUUUAUUAUUACUAUUAUAAUUAUAAUGUUCAUUAUUAUUAUUAUCGGAAAAUGUUUAAACUAACUGUUUUCACUUGGCCACUGGAGGAGAGAGAGCAUCCAGCGGCAGUCGGUCGUGUGAUUGGGUAGUAUUCUAUUAUUUUUCAAUAAACACGCAUUACACUCACACAAAUCUGCAGCAGAUCACCUCACACACACAGAGAGACAAACACAACACACACACAUUGCAUGAAACUGUUAGGAAAAUUUAGCUGAAGAUGUUUGAUGGGGAAAAAUAACACACACGACAUUCAACAUUCAAUUAUUUAGUAUUGAAUAGUAAUUAGAGGAAGCGAUUUUCUUGGAGCAGAUUUUUCCUCGCUAGGAAAACUAUAUGAGAGAGAGGACCAACGCCGUUUUCGAUGGGUAAAACUCUUUCCGACAAAAGCGGUAGGUUUAGUAGGACAGAAGAGCAAGAAGCAAAAAAAAAACAUUUUUUUAGUCGAUUGCUUUUUAUUUUGUUUCCAUAUUUUGCUUUCCCCGCAUUCGCACUUUUUUUCUCGUAUACAUUUUGCGCAAAAUUGUAAACACAAUGGGUUAGCAGAGCAAAAGUAAUGUGUCACGCGAAGCGCAAGAGAGAACAAGAGAAAAGUGUUGAAUAUUGUUAUUGCCUUGUAGUAAUGUACCAGAGAGAAGGAAACGAUUGCAAAUAAAAAUAAAUUACAACACACAAAAAUUCAUUCAUAGCUUCUUUGGGUCAAUUUGAGUGAUCCAAAGGCAGAACAACAGCAACAAAAAAAAAACACUUAUUACACUAAUACUUAUUGCUAGUUUCGUAUCCAUAUUAUGUACUAAUUGAAUUGUGAAGACGCAGAAUAAAUAUACAAUUAAUGAGGUGAUUCAGCGUGGUGAAAUUGGCGCUUGGAAGGAGACGAGCAAAACUUAUUGUUACUAAGUUUAAUUGACUACUCGUAGGGAUUGAUGCUAAGUUAAUUGAAUAAUACAUAUAUGAUGAGAAGAAAAAAAAUCAGUUAAAAUUCCAACAACAAAAAAGUAGAGAACACUCGAAGGAGCAGCAAAUAUUAUAUGUUGAUAAUUUUAGUGUUUAGGGAAUCCAAUUUAUACAAUUAUCACACUCUUUUCAAAUGUCUCCGCUUGGGGACACCCAAAACCAGGAGGCGAAAAGUGUAAGCUAUUGAAACUCUUUUUUUCCGGUUUUCCGGGGGAUUGACUGCGUCCCGUCGAUGAUGAUGAUGAUAAUAAUGGCUUCCAAUGAGAUGAGACGGCACUGCGACGAAGGAAAAGUGUAUCUAUCUUAAUCACACACACAUAUAUACACGCAGGACCUUGUAUUAUUUAGUUAUUGUGUACAAUUCUAGUGGUGGGAUACACAUAUUGUAAGAGAAACUACAAUAUUCAGAAGAUUAUAACAUUCAUAUUCACAAAGGAAUCGCAGAACAAAAAAAAAACAGAAGAAUAUUAUCGCUGUCUGCCAUUUUAUCUUUUAUGUUUUUUAUCGAUCGUUUCUGUUAAAAUGUUUUAAAUUCGAUUGCACACGCGCCAACAGCUCAUAGUUUUCCUCCCACAAGAACAAAAAAAAUUCUAUAAUUCAUAUGAGUAUUGGAGAAGAAGUGUAAAGCAGCAAAUUACAGCUUAAAAAGAGGGGAGACGGCUGUUUUUUUUUCAGAAAGUUUCAGGUUUACUCUGCACACACAAUACGAUGAUGUUGGACUGUAUUUUUUUCGUAACGAGCCAGUAUUUUGUUCGAUUUGUGUUUCCUUCUGACUUUUUUUGCUCUUAUUCAUAUUUCAAUAUUCCCCUCGGGAUGAUUUCUGUUCUGUUGUAAAAUCUUUGACAAAAAUUCACGCCAUGUAAUUUAAUUAGAA